UGCGACGACACACCUCUCUACUCUAAUCGAAGUUACUCUCAUCACAGACCGGCAUUGAGAUAAAAGAGUGCGAAUCAAAUACUUGUGCAGUACUGUGAAUUUCUAAAAACAUAUUCAGGUUUAGUGAAUUUUAUAUUACGCACUGCUCGUUUUGAAAUGCCUAAUAUAAAACACCAUAAAGGCCAUCGCAAUGGCCAAGACGAAGUGCAACAAAAUCAGAUUGGAAACCAGCCUGCUGUUGUAAACAAUCCUCGUAUGGAACACCAACAUCAUCAGGAUAAUGAAAACGGUGUACGAUUGCAAAACUGUUGUGUUCCAACUGGCUGUUGCGACGAUCCUAUAGAUCCAUCCGACCCGUGUGAUGCUGUUAAGGUAGUUUGCAAUAAUGAUGCUUGUACCUUAGGAAACUGGAUGCAUAAAAACUGUUUUAUAGAGUGGGAAAAGUCCGUCCUGUCUUUUCUGAGAUCCUGUGGCCGAGCGCGGAGUUGGAGCGAGAAGCAAAGACUGCAAAAUUUGUGGACGAAGAAAGGAUAUGAUCUAGCGUACAAAGCAUGCGAUUGUAAGUGUGGUCGAGGACAUUUACGUAAAGAUUUGGAUUAUAUACCAGCACCUUACAAUGAAAAUGCAAAGAAAGUACGCAAAAACAAGAAGAAAAACGACAAGCCCAUGCCAGUGGUGAGUACUAACCAUAAAUCUGCUCACAACAAUAAUCACAUGCAACAACCUCACGCCGUGGAUAACCACCAGCACUUGGCACCACAGCCUAGUCUUCCGGUGGACAACGCCACCAAAAUUCUUCGUAGAGAUUCGGUCACGGAUAAUUCAAGGCGCAGGGGCAGUGACAAUACUAUAAACAAUAAUCCGAGCAAUGUCGGCAAAGAGCGUAGCCGAAACAACAGUAUAAAUACCCCUGGGCAUGAUUUGGAAAUACUGGACAAUAGUGCUCACCAUGUCAAUAUGACUUUCUCAAGCCACCCAUUAAUACUCCCGAACAGUGCUCUUCGGAUGCGUACUAACAGCGUGAGCAGCACUGGUAGCGUGGGGAGUCAAGCCAGCAGCAGCGGAAGUAUUCCAAGCUCUGCCGGCUCUAUUUCCCCUCUGUCCAGCUCUCCUGUCAACGGCAAUGUGUUUUUUAAAGGCAAAAAAGGUGAAGCGUAUGACCCGACUCAGACAAGCAUGUUCCGGAGACGACAGGACCUCUCUGCAUUUAACGCCUUGCCCCGUUGCAAGAGAAACCCAUACAACAUUCACAUCGAGGAUGUGCAAGAAGAUGAAGACACGCGAAAUUUUGUGCUCAGCAACUUAACUACCAAGAGAAUGACGGCACUACGCUGUGUCCUCUGCAAAUCUCAGCUUCCAGUCUUCGAUCGUUUCCCACUGGUGGAUGGGACAUUGUUUCUAUCCCCUCAGGCAUACGAUCAGCAUGUAGUGCAAGUGAUAUGGGAAGGAAGAAUUCAGUUCCUCAAUGCAGUGUGUAUUGGUUGCCUAGAGGGCGCAUGCGAAGCAAGGUGCUCUUCUUGCAAAACUCCUUGGGACGGCACCUCAUUCGUUGUUGGCACCAUGUACACCUAUGACAUUUUUGCCGCCAUGCCCUGCUGCCAGAAGAGGUUGACCUGUAAGCAUUGUCGUCGUGCUGUUAUUGAUGUUUCUGUUGGCUUGGAUUUCUACAGCCAAUACAGUCGGAUGAUUAUAUGUCCUUAUUGUAAGGCCAAUGACUAUCAUUUCAUCAGGUCACUAACGGAUACUUUCACUAUGAAAGAUUCUAUAUGAGGCCAGUGCUAGGCAUGAAUCACCAUGUCCCUAGUCUCAGCUAUUCAUUUUGACAAUAUUUAGCAGCCAUCUAUUAUUAUUUUUUUAAAAAGCAUUUUAGCUUUUUCUUUCAAUAUUGUUUACACGCUUUGUGUUGGCUUAAAGACUAUGGCCAGUGCAUAUAAUAUGUAAGUACUCAGUUGAUUGUGAGGAAUAGUACAUUUUUUUAUGGUUUGGUUGGUUCUGUUUAGUUUGCAUUCAUUAUUCAGUUGUAUGUAUUUUCCCCCUUUAUAUAUAGAAACUAGAUCUAUAGCCCUAUAGAUAUUGAUUGCUAUCAUUUUUAAUGCUAAAUUGUCCUAAAUACUAGUCCUUUGAAUUCAUUCUUUUAUAUGUAGAUCCAGUAAGGUCUAUACUUUAAUCAUUGCAAAGAUAUCAAAUCACCUAUCUUUUUUUUUUUGCAUUAGAAAACUUAAGUGCUUUGAAAAAUAUUAACAUUUUAGUUCUGAUCCGAACACAACGCCAUUUUACUUUUCUGAUACAAACAAAACACCAUACAUUUAAGCCUGACCUUAUCAGGGUCAGAGCUGUUUACCGCGCAAAGCGGUUUUUUUUUUUGGUUUUUUUUUUUUAAGCUUGUGUCUAGGUCUGCUAAAGUUAGUAAAAUUCUGAAUAAACAAUCUUGUCUACAUUUAGACCUGAUCUUUAUAUCAUAUGUAAUCUUUUAUUAUAUAACGUGUCUUUUCCCUUUUAGAUACACUGAAGAUAAGAUCCUACUGUUAUUCAACAACAAUAAAAAAAAAUAAGCAUAAGGCCUAGGCUGGCUUUCUUUGGCUUUGUCAAGGUCAUAGACUAGUUGAAGCAUUCUUGAGUAGGCAAAGUACUUUUCUGCUAGAGCUAGUAAUAGUUGUGUAUAUCAAUUUUUAAAUCUUCUAGAUAUCUAGUUUAUUUUAUUUUAAAUAAUAGAUCUAGAUAGAGGAAGUAGUGGACGCAUCAUAGACAUAAUCAUUAUAAUUGUUAAACUUCUUUAGAUAUAACCUAAAGUUAUAUAUAAUAUAGAUCUACAUUUAUUUUGCAUUUAUAGUUAUACAAAGAAUUUUGUAUAAGCUAUUCUGGCUUAGUACUGCUUUAGCUAGCCAAAUUGGCAGGGAUUUGAGUUUAGCUGAAUCCAUGGCAUUUCGCCAGCUAACUUCUAACAACUUAGCUCAGUCACUCCUCAUCCAAACAGGUUUUAUUUCCUGCUUUCUCUUAAUUAACCAUCGAGUUGAAGGGUCAGUGUGACUGUGCAUUUGUUUUCCUCGUGUUAUGGUAUGCAUGACUUAGUAUUAUUUUACAUUAUAUAUAUACAUAUAUACAAACCAUAUAUAUGCUAGUCCUUGCUGAACACACAAUGUAUGCAUACUACAAUUUUAGACAAUAGAUAGACCUGAACAAGGUGUAAUAUCAUAUGUUGAUCUAUAUUGACCACAUGUAAUUAAGUGCUUGGUAUGAAUUGUCACUCCUAAGGUUUUGCUGUCCAUUUAGAAAAGGCUUUAGUGUUGCUGGUGGUAUAGUUGUCUGUUCAUGUGUUAAGAUUGUAGUUUUAGUUAAGAGCAGAUUUCUUUAAACCCCAAAAAUGUGUUGCACUUGAAAUACUACUUUUUCAGUUUGUACUUUAUAGUACUUUGGUUAUUUCUGACAUUAAAUAGUAACCCCCCCCCCCCCAUUUCCUUCCACAAAUAUUCAAAUAUAUUUCUUCUCCUCCAUCCCAGGCAUUAGAUGACUCUUUUGUUUUUGUCUUCCUUUGUUUUCACAUUGCCCUGUACAAUCACUAAGGAGAAUUUUUUUUUUUUUUUUUUUUUUUGGCUUGUGUAAAUAAUUUUUGGCUAGUUUUUUUUUUUUCAUUGUAAAUCCUUUUGUGAGAUCUUAAUACAAAAUAUAAACUAUUUUGCUUUGAAACCAUCUUAAAAAUAGAAAUGAGCUUGUGUUAGAAUUUGUUCAUUGAAUUGUGACCAUGUUAAAAAAAAGUUGUCCUAGUUCUCUUUGAACUUUUGAUAAAUGUAAUAUUGGCAUUGAGCACUACUUUAUGAAUGAAGGUUUAAAAUCAAUACUAUGGUUUCUUGCUUGUUGUAGUCAACUGUUGUAUGUGUGCCUCAUCCAGUCACAUGUUUUUGUGUCCUGUAAAAAUGUUGUUUUUUUUUUUGUUUUCAUGCCUUUACAAUCUAUAUAUUUUUCUUGUAUUUUGAACCAAGGUCUUUCUAGAAUGUGUUGGGUUUUUUUUUUUUUUAUUUUUUUUUUUUGCUCCCAUAAUUUUCAACAAAGCUACCUCAAAUUAACACUUAGUUAUUUCUAUUUUCCACAGAAAAAUAAAGAUCUAAAUUUUGCCCUAUUUCACUGAAAUAUUUUUUAUUACUAAGUUACACACAUACAUGUGUACCGUAUUUAAAAAUGAGCGAACUUUUAGAUGGGGGUGGGGGGUAAGCCAAUACCUAUACUUAUAAAGUAGUUUUAAAUUACUUUUUUUUUCUUUUCAAGAGUACACAGUGUAACUUACAUUUGUUACAUUAAUUAGUUGCACUGAUUCUUAUCCAAGUGUUAACUUUGCUCAUAAACAAAAUUAGAAUUCCUUUAGUCAACAUUUGCAUUGUAUUGUAAAAAUUCUUUUUAGUGAUUAAGCAAAAUCAGUUGACCACAAAUACAAAUUCAAUCAAGACACCUUGCAUUGAAAAUAUUGGGAAAGAUUGUCAUUUGAAUGUUAGAAUUUAGGAUGUAGCCUAUUGUUAUUGUUUUUUUUUAUGUUUGUUUGUUUGCUUUGUGAGGUUAUUUGUGAAUGUGUUUCUUGUUUUGUUACAAGGAUUGUAGAUAGAUGUUGACUGGUAAAUGGCAACAUACAUUUUUGUGUUUGAGUAUACUUCUUGUUUUUAUUUCAAAAAGUUUAUGACCAUCUAUAAAUCUAUACCAUAUGCUGAUGAUUUGUACUACUAUGAAACCAAACCAAAGUAUUUUUUUACUGCUUGAGAUUGCUCUAUUCAAUAUAUGUAUCUAUAAUACAUGACUGCUUUCAGUAAUGAUGCCAUGAGUAUGACUCAAUGUUGUGAAUCAGUAUUGUCUUCAAUGUAGACUUUUUUUUUCCUUCUCAUUAUCUAUCUUCAAGAUAGUAAAUCUGUUGAAGUAAAUGUUUCUUUUUUCUUAUGUUUUUUUAGUAAAUUUCUUUGAAGUAAAUUUUUCUUUUUUUUUUUUUUAUGUUUUUUUAGUAAAUUUCUUUGAAGUAAAUUUUUCUUUUUUAUCUUUUUUUUUUUUUUUAUUUUGGACCCAGUGGGUGUUUUUUUUUUUUUUUUUAUUUCUUACAUAAAGAGUAAGAUUUUGUUUUAUCAAAUUUUCGCUUGUGCAUUGUCCAGAACACUAUUAAAUGUGUUUGGAGCCUAUUCCCUGCACAUGGCAUGAGAUUUUUUAUUUAGUUCUAUUUGGCUUUUAAACUGUUAAUUACAUUUUGCAAAAGAAGAUGGUACACAUUUAAAUUCCUUUGGUCACAAAAUGACUUGUUUUAUUUGAAUGUUUACAAAAAGAAACUGUUUGUUUGCUUUUUUAAUUGUUGAUUUCUAAGGACUUAGUUAUAUAUAUUCAAAUAUUUUCAUACCUGUAUAAUAUUAAUAUGUAGUGCAGUGUCCCUUGAAAAAACAAUGUAUGAGGAAAUGGUACCUAAUUGUAUUAGGUCAUUAAACACAAGAAGAAAUAAUGUAGUUAGACUGCAAUUAGAAAGGGAAAUAUUUGGUGUUGAUUGAAUUUUUGUUCUUAAGUUCAUUAGUUUCCUUUCUACUUUUCUUAUUGUUUUAAUUGUGGCUUAUUGGUUGUCAAUACAUGUUUAAUGCACUCCUAAGUAGCCUCUGUUUACUGCCAUAUAUUAUAUGUAAUGUCAUAUCAAAAUAAAAUUUAAAAAAAGAAAAAAAAAAGUAUAUUCCAUCAUAUACCAUGUGAUUUCCAUGUAAAUAAAAGGUUUUUGAUUAAUGAA